AUGCUACAAUUUUUUCAUAUAGCUCUCUUUUCUCUGGUAUUAGCCACCCUCCCCCUAGCAUCCGCCACGCUGCAUUGCAAAGCUUCCCCCGGAGAUUCGACCUGGCCAUCUACCAAUGAGUGGAAUGCCCUGAAUCGGUCCAUCGAUGGCACUCUCAUAAGAACGGCUCCUGCCGCUUCAUCAUGCUACCCCGGCAACCCAUUUGGGUCCCCCGAAAACUGCACAAAUGUGAAGAAUCACUGGUCCUAUGCUGCGUACCAUGCUUCUUGGCCUGAGAGUAUCGACUACUCUAUGUAUGCGAAUAACUCGUGUUUGCCGCCUGGAGUUGAUGGAUACUCGAAAGAGAAAGGAUGCAGUAUUGGAGGCUUGCCGCAGUACGUUGUGAACGCCACAACUGAGCAGCAUGUGGCUACGGCGAUGAAAUGGGCUUCGGAUAGAAAUAUUCGCAUUGUCGUGAAAGGAACCGGACAUGAUCUUGGUGGUCGUUCCACUGGCGCCUUUGCACUUUCGAUCCUGACACGCAACUUCAAGCAUAUCGAAAGACAUCCUAGUUGGCGAGUGCCUGGAGCCAACACUACCGAAGAUGUGGUAGUGUGUGGUAGUGGAAACAAUUGGGGUACUGUCUAUACUGCCGUUCACAAGAUGGGCCGAACGGUUGUCGGUGGUGAGGACGCCACGGUCGGUCUAGGAGGUUUGAUCCAGAACGGAGGACACGGUCUUCUUUCAAGUCACUAUGGCCUUGCCUCUGAUCAAGUCUUCCAAGUGACCGUGGUAACAACCGACGGCCAACGCCUAGUUGCCAAUGAUGUACAGAACCAAGACAUUUUCUGGGCCGUUCGUGGUGCUGGCGGAGGUCAGUAUGGGGUCGUCACGGAAUUCAUCUUGAAGACACACCCUGUACCAGCUAAUAUCGUCACCGGUGGUUUCUCGUUCUAUCCCCGCCAAAACUCGGCCGCCAGUGGAAACGCAUCUUGGAGCGCCUUGGCUGAAGUGGUGGCUCGCAUUCCCGACUUGAUGGAUAGUGGUCUCAUGGGAACUAUGACAGGUCUCAACAAAAAGAAGGCAGUGACAUACGUGGGCCUGAAAGAAGAGCUGCCUGGAGCUUCGGGAAUGGUCAGCCUGGCUGGGUUCAAUAUGACAACUCAACGCAUGAAUGAAACCAUCCAUAAACUAGUGGCCCAGCUUAACCGCGAGCAUGUGAAAGUUACUUUCCAACCAGUGUCUUCCGAGAGCUACUGGGCCUCCACAAAGCCAAACUUCAUGGCUAGCGCCUCCUCCGGCUCUUCUAGCUUGAUGACGAGCCGACUUCUAGGCAGACGCGAGCUCUCCAACAUCACAAGAGAGGCAUUGGCCACAUACCUCGAAGGUAUUAUGAUCUCGCAGGAUCCUGGUGCCGGCUCAAUGCUUUUGUUUGGACUACAAGGAGGGAAGGGACCUGCGAGUACACCCGAGUUAAGACGUGGAAGUGUGCUCCCCGCUUGGCGUACUGCCUACGCCCAUGCGAUGGCCUACAGCGCUUCUUUGAAUGCUACUGGAAAUCCUAGUCAGGAAUUAAAGGCCGGAGGCGAUUGGAUUAACGCAGCUCAAGAGACUGUUUGGCAGAGAUGGGCUCCUGAGAGUGGCGCCUAUAUGAACGAGGCCAACCCCUUCAACAGCAACUGGAAACAUGACUACUAUGGAGACAACUAUGACCGUCUUCUGGAGGUCAAGCACAAGUAUGAUCCCAAUGGUAGUUUGUUUGUCUGGAGUGGAGUUGGAAGCGAUGAAUGGAACUACGAUUUGAACAGUGGCCUGUUGUGUCGCGUUUAG